ACCAGCAAACAAUUGAGCCAGGCGUGCAGUCGUAUUGGUUGAAAUGCGGCACUGAACCCGGAACAGAAACACAUGGGUACUGUGGAGAUCUAAAAUGACAUUUUAGUGAAGAUUUCAAGUGCUGUGUCUUCCAUGUACUGGGGGUAAAAAAAAGUUAUUAUUCAAUAACAUGGAGACAGCAGCUCUAGUGGCGCCUGUCACAGCUCUGGAGUUCCUUCAUGAUGCCUUUUUACUGACGGGUGAGGGACCAGUUUUAAAGGCGUACAGUCUCCACCCUCGCCCCAAAGUCUGCACCUCACUCACUGUGCUCCAGCACUCCAGAAUACAUGGAAUAAGACCUAGCGAUCAGGCAGCUGUUCCAGCACAGUCAUCUGCUGCAGGAGUCCAUGAAAAGGAUAAAAAUGAACUGAGCCCCAUUGCACAGGCCAACUUUCAUGACCUAGCAGUAUUUGGAGGUAAGGUAGUAAGGCUGGUGAGACUCCAUGUGGGUCUCCAGGGUGAGGACCACCUGCAGUUGGAGAUGCUUGGUCACCUCAUGGAGCUACAGGACUGGAUUCUGGAUGUCCGCUGGCUGUCUGGAGGCAAACAUCUCUGUGUGGCUUUAGCCCACAAUAGUGCUCUUCUCUUAGACAUUUUUACAGGAUCUGCCCUAGUUCAGCGCUCUUGUCUGGAGGGCUGUCUGCUUUACUCUGCCCUCCUCUUGGUACAGGAAUCUUGGGUGGAUACUGUCUUAGUAGGAGGAACUGUUUUCAAUCAGCUGGUUCUGUGGAGGCCUGGAGGUGGGAAGGACAAUAACAAUAAGGCUCCAGUUGAGAGACGUCUACAGGGCCACAGCGGUGUCAUCUUCAAGAUCUCAUAUCUUCAGGAGAAAGGCUGGCUGGCUUCAGCUUCUGACGAUCGCAGUAUAAGGGUCUGGGUAGUCGGUGCUUUAGGGGGCUCUGGGGGGAAAUGCGGGGACUUGGAGCCAGCAUGUUUAAUGGUCUUAUACGGACAUCAGGCGAGGGUGUUCUCGGUGUGUCUCUCCCCUGGAAAAGUGUACAGUGCUGGAGAAGAUGGGUCCUGUUUAGUGUGGGACUGGACUGGAGGUGGAAAAGUGGUACGGACAUUAAAGGGACACAGAGCAGGGGGGAUUCGUGCACUGGCAGUCAGUAAGGGAACAAGUGAUGAGGAGAGAUGGGUGGCUACAGGGGGCGCAGAUGGAGGGGUGAGACUGUGGAGGAUUAAAGAGAGUGAGGAGAGCAAGAUGGAGGAAGUGGUGACAGAGAAAUUAACUGAUCUCCGAUUUCCUGGUCAAGGCAUGCCUAAAGCAGUUCGUAUAGCAGCAGAAGGAAAAGCUGGUUGGAGCCAGAGUAACUUAGUUGUUUGCACUGACCUAGGAAUAGUCUACCAAUACAGUGAUGGCCAGUGGGGGCAGGUAUGGCAAGGGUCUCCUGAGUUCCAGUCCUAUUGUGUGAUGGAAACAAUAUCUAUCAUUCCAUCAGAGUCAACAGCCAAAUUGCAUUUGUGUGCUGUAGGCAACCUCAGCGGGUCCAUAUUUGUAUUCCCAAUUUCUCAACCACAGUCUGGAAUUCUUCUCACUGGUGGCUCAGGGAAGAUUCAUAACCUCAUCUGGCAAAACGUAGGAGAAAGUGUGUGUUUGUUAGCAUCAGGGAGCGAAGGGCUCGUCUAUCGCUGGUUUAUAAAGAUACAUUUAAAUGAAGACCGUUCCUUAGACCUUAGCGUGAAACCUCUUCCUUCCUUCCUUCUUCCCCCCUGUGCCAAACGCUGGCUGACGGCUGCAGUUUGCCUCCUGUCUGAGUCACAGGAGGUGCUGUGGGUUUGUGGAGACAGGAGAGGCUCCCUGCUUUUGUUUCAGGAGGGAGGAAAAAUCCUGCAAAAGAGAGGUGAUGAUAGAGAGGCAGCUGAAAGUUUGGUCACAUACACAAGAGGUACAAGUGAUAGAGAGAGACUAGAUGUCACCGAACAGCAGAGAGAAAAUGAAGAUAAAUUGAAGCUCUUGCCACUGAGCUGCUUAUUUGGGGUGCAUGGAAAACAGGGUGUAACUUCACUUUGUGAAUACCAGGGGCUGCUCUAUAGCACUGGGAGGGAUGGCUGUGUGAGAGUUUUUAGGGUGCGGCCAAAAGCACCAGAAAACCUUGAAGGAAACAGGAAUAAUAGUACGGGAAAGACUGUAGAAAGCAAAGCACCGCUUCAGCUGGAGGUUCUGCGAGUCCAGCGGGCCUGUAAGGGUAUGGAGUGGCUGGAGAGGAUUUUGAUUCUCAAACCUGAAACCCCAGAGGAGGAGGAGGAGGAGGAGGAGGGGGUUGAGUUCAGUGAGGAAUGUGAGAACCACUACGAGACAAAGCGUAAUUUGACAGAAAAGGCGGAGAGAAGGGAAAUAGAAGCAAGGUUUGUCAUUGUUGGGUUCCACGCUGUCCACUUUGUGGUUUGGGAUCCAGUGAGGCAGGAGAGGCUGUUAGCAGUGCCUUGUGGUGGGGGGCAUCGCUCUUGGGGGCUCUGGCCAUCACUCAAAGGGGUUUGGCCUGGUUAUGGAGCGCUGGUCUUCAUUAAGCAGGGCAGCGUUCUGGUUUCACUGCCUCCUGGGGAGGAACCAAACUGGCCUGGGAAGGCGGGAGUGACGGGAGGAUGGGGCCUGAGAGAGGGCGUCCAUGGGAGGGGGAUCGGGUGUGUAUGUAGAUUAGGGAGGAUAGAGGGGACAGGAAAUGCUGCUGAAACAUCUGGAGAAGUGAUUAACAAUGAAGCAAGGGGGGUGGAAAGAGAGAAGAAUCAAUGGGAGAUAGUGGUGACAGGAGGAGAAGACACUAGCCUAACCGUCCUGGCAAUACAUCCAAACUCUGGCAACAUCAAAGUUCUCUCCGUGAUCACUGAUCACAUUUCAAGUGUACGGACAGUGACAGCGGUAACGCGUCCAGAGGCAGGGACUGAAAAGCAUCCACAGUCUCUCUCCGCCCUGCUCCUGUCAGCCGGCGGCCGGGCUCAAAUGCAGUGCUACCGCUUACUGAUCAGCUGGGACGGGCAGAGAGAGGCCCCCUCCUGCCAGGUGAUCCAAGUGGCCGGUCACCGAUUGGACGAACAGUGGGAGAGAAGGCGGAACCGGCACAAGAUGGUCAAAAUGGACCCAGAAACAAGGUAUAUGUCAGCAGUGGUGGUGGAUGAGGAGACUGACGGGCUUCUUCUGGCUCUGGCCUGCAGCGAUGGAGCUGUCAGAUUGUUCUCCAUUAGUGAAGUGAAACAUCAAAUCUUUUUGUUGUGGGAGUCUUAUUUCCACCAGCGAUGUGUGCUCAGCGUUGACACCUGCAGCCUUGACGAUGCAAAAGGCAACAGGUGUAAGCUGUUGUUCAGUGCUGCAACAGACGGGAGAAUUGCAGUGUGGAACUUGACUGAAGCUUCUUCCUCAGCCGAUGCUUCAAGUGAUGCUCCAGCUCCACCAAUCCCCUGCCUCAGCAUUUCUGCCCACCAGAGUGGCGUCAACUCAUUGGCUGUUUGGGCGAAAAAACUGGGACAACAAGAGGGAGGUUGCUUGGUAACUGUUGCUAGUGGAGGGGAUGAUGGGCAGCUGACGGUGUCGGUGAUUAGGGUGAUGUUCCCAGAAGAUGGAAAGACUUCUGAGCCCUCUGUUCCCCUGCAAACCCAGUUACAACCACCAAAGCAGCUCCAGCUCCAUGUCCACACCCAGUCCUGCAUCCCGCUGGCUCACGCUGCUCCUCUGACUGCUCUGAAGCUCCUGAGGCAGGGCCUCAUCGUCUCCACUUCUUCAGAUCAGAGGGUUUGCCUUUGGAAGGUCGGCAUUAAAGGUAUCGAGCACAAGGGGGCGCUGUGCUCCCAUGUUGCAGAUGCUGCAGGACUCGCAGUGUGGGAGGGGCAGGUGACACAGGGGGAGGAAGAAGAUGAGGAGGCUAAGACAAGAUCUGACAGACUCGAGUCUAAACCAGAAAAUGCUGUUUGGAGACUAAACGUGUAUCAGGCAGAAUUGGAAAUGGAGGGGAAGACAAGUAGGAGGUUAAAGGACGAAGACACAGCUGAUAAGACAGAACCUGUUGAAACAGAGACAGGUGACACAGUUUGUAAGAGCCAUGAUGAGAAGUCAGGAAAAGAGAAUCAAGCAGAGGCUGAAGUGGUGUCAGAGAGGGAGGUGAACACGUGUGAGAGCAGGAUAAAGGCAGAGACGACAGGAUGGGUGCUGGUCUGUGGACAGGGCUUCCAGCUGCUACGACUCAGAAACUCAGUGGACAAAUCAGAGAAGAAAUCCUGACGACAUUUUUAAAAUUUAGUUAGGAAUCAUCUGUAAAAUGACAAAAUUGCAGCUACAUGAUGACACUAAAUAAUUGUAUUUUGCUAUUUUUUUUUUAAUUAAAGUUAAUUUAUUCAUUCUUUA